CUGAAAACAGUAGCCGAAGGCGGGUCUUUUUUUCAUUAGUCCUCUCUUCCCUCUAUUCUAGGGUUUUAAAGCAGGGGUUUUCUUGAUCUUCUCUAUUUUUGAUAUGUAUUCCAAACCCAUUUAACAAGAAACAAAAAGAAGGAUUCAAAAAACAAUGGCGUUUUCAUUCACUCCACAGCAGCAACAGCAACAGCAACCCCAACAACAGCAACUAUUCCAACCUCAACAACAAUCACCAUUUCAACAGAGCAGCCCAUUUUUCCAACCACAGCAACAGUCACAGCAACAAUUUCAACUCCAACAACAACAGCAGCAGCAGCAGCAGCAGCAGCAGCAGCAACAGCAACAACAAUUUCAGCUGCAACAGCAGCAACUACAACAACAACAACAACAACAACAACAACAACAACCACUCUAUCUCUUUACCAAUGAGAAAACUCCGGCCACUUACAGCACCAAAUGGGCCGAUCUCCACCCCGACUCUCAAAAAUUCCUCCUUCAAAUCGAGGAGAAAAUACUGGAGUACAGGGAUGAAAGCCAGCGGCUGGAUCAGUGUAGUCGACUUUAUGAUUCUUCUGUCUCCAGUGACGGGUUCGAGCCCGACGCAAGCCACAUUGUUCAGGAACUUGGUGGAAUCACUACAUCAAUGGAACGGCAGAAAGCUGUUUUGCAAGAAUUAAUGGCUGUUGUUAAACAUAUGCUACGUAACACAGAGGUUGCUAUUCGUUCUUUCGUGAUGUUGCGCCCAAGGUUUAUUCAUCCAAAUGCAGGUGCUGCUUCAAAUGCCGCUGCACCGUCACAGGCUUCAGGAGCUGCAGUGGUGCCAAAUGCAAGCAGUCAACCAACAGCUGCCUCAGUAGUUCCAGUUUUUGAUUUCUAUAGUGGGCUCCCAAGGAAACCAUCUCCCUUUUUGCAGCAAACAGUUGUCAGAUUUGAGAAGUAUAUCGGUGAGUGCCGGCUGUGGAUUGAAGAGUUAGAGCAGCUGCUCCUCAUAGAUUUUGACAGGAACUCCUUGAACUCUAGCUCCUCGUUAUUGCAGUCUCUACCCAAAGUCAUGUCAAAUGUGCAUGACUUUUUUGUUCAUGUGGCUGCAAAGGUGGAGAGCAUUCAUCAGUACAUUGAAUCCAUGAAAACAGCAUAUCUUGCUGACCAGCGCCGCCGGGGAGAUGGGAAUGAUCCGUUUCUUGAGGCUGAUCGACGGGAAACAGCCAAACAAGAAGCUGCUGCUCGGAGGGUACAUCCAACCUUGCAUUUGCCUGCAAUUCCACAACCAUCAACUCAAGUUGCAGGGUUGUUUGCCAGCUCAGCAACACCUGGUGCAUCAACUGCCCCGCAAACUUCUGCAGCAGUUGCAGCAUCAUCAGGGAGUGGGUCCUCGCUUUUUGGUACUCCAUCUGCUGCCACAUCAUCAUCUUCUCUAUUCUCCACUCCCAUCACUUCUGCUCCGACAUCGUCCUUAUUUGGAGCAUCUGCUGCUUCGCCCCAGACACCACUUUUUGGUGCUACAACUUCUUCCUUAGGUAGUACUGGAGCUCUAUUUGGUUCAACUCUUUCUGCAGGAGUUUCCCCAUUUGCUUCAGGUGCUGCAACAGGGUCAGGGGCGAGCUUUGGGACUGCAUCUAAAGCGAGAGCAAAAAGUCGCAGUGGUCGACGCUAGGUAGUAGGCAUUUCUUGAUGUUCUGAAAAUGGAGGCAACUUGUGCAACUUGUUAUACGCACAAUUGAUUCUCAGCAUCUGGAUAACUCAUUUUGUGGGAAUUACCAUUAGUUAUUUGUGCUCUCUUUGAGAUCUCAAAUGCCGCUUCUUUUGCUUUGGAGUUGAUGGAUGUGCCAUAAUCUCUAACAGAGUUCAUUUCCGAAUGCUGGUGGGCCUCUGCAUCUGAGUUCUGUUUCUUUUCUUCCGGCUUCUAAUGUUGCCGAUAUAAUGCUUGGAGAUCCAUGUCACUGUAACAUUGUAAAAUAAAACUUUAGUAAGUGUUUUUUGCUGUAGAUCCCUGUUAAGAAUUUUUUGGAGUGUUGUCUCCUGAUUUGACAAAUUAGAUGAAUUCUGUGAGUUGAUCUGAAGUUUGAUGCCAUUUGAGGUUUAUUGGCCUGAGUA